AUGUCAAGAGCUCUGGAUCCAGAAACAGCUGCAUCAUUACAAAAAGCCAAUCUCCAAGCUGUCUACAAUGACAUAGCUUCAGCCCUAUCCACCAAAUCCUCGGAAUUACUAGAAAUAGAGUUUCUACCCAAAAGCCACACACUACCAGCUGGAUGCAAUGUUCUGGUCGAAGGAAACAAUAUUGCCGUCACGAAAAUCAAAUUAGUGCAGGCAUUUAUUGUGGCUCGACAGAGGUCUUUCAAGUCCUUGAGAGACUGUCACGAGGAGAAGGACAAGGAGCUUCGUGAUGCUACUGCUGUUAUGCUUUUAAUGGAUCCGGAACAUCUCACAGCGGCAAAUACACGGAAGAGGCUCAUCAUAAACUAUGAGAAUGGAUCUAGAAGUGAGCAUGAGCACCUUCUGAGGAACGAGCUCCGGUUUGUGGAUGGGUACUUGACUUCACGACUUCAUCGCCAUACCAAAUCACCAACGCUCUGGAGCCAUCGUCGUUGGAUCCUCGAGAAAUUCAAGGAUUUAGACAUGGAGCAUGAUAUUCUGCAAGACCUCAAAACUGUCGUAUUGGUCGCUGCCGAAAGACAUCCUCGGAAUUAUUAUGCGUGGUCUCAUAUGCGUUGGCUAGCUCAAGUCUUCGACAGCCCAACGACUCGUAUAUCAGACGGUCCAAUUUCCUGGUCUGGUCAUUCAACAAUGACUUCUAUUGUCAAGAAUUGGUGCCUCAAGAAUCCUAGUGACACCUCUGGGUUCUCGUUCUUGCUGUUCUGUCUCUUCAACACUAGGCCUUCCAGCACCUCCGCGAGUACUGAAUUAUGUUCGACAGUCUGUGCAGAUAUCCUCAGGCUCGCUGUCUCGUUCAAUUGGACUCAUGAGUCUGUCUGGGUAUUUCUUCGGACAGUCGUUGCUUCAAGAAUGUGUUCCGAGUCGACCAGAAUUAGCUUCUUCCAAGCCAUCGAAGCCAUUUCCGCCGCUCGUCCACAGCGUCAACCUGUUCUCGAAGCAGCGAAAAAGUGGUACCAAGAAAACCGACAAAGUGUUGAGAGAUAA